GCCAGGGGCUUCUCAAGCAAGGCAGCGCAUAGCAUGUGUCGUUUCAUUUUCCAUGCGCUUGGUGGCAGUGAAAAAGAUUAGACUGCGAAAGGCCUCCGGAAGUAAACAAUGGUAGGCGCAAGCCAACGUUUGGAACACGCGACAGCACGGCGAACGGGAGAGCCUGAACUAGGCAGCUACGUUAUUGUGAGUAACACAAGAUAACACUUCGGCAAAUCCUCGCACUUAAGCAUGUCCAUCGGUGUGCCAAUUAAAGUGCUUCACGAGGCCGAGGGCCACAUAGUCACGUGUGAAACGAACACGGGAGAGGUGUACCGAGGGAAGCUGAUUGAAGCAGAGGAUAACAUGAACUGCCAGAUGGCAAACAUCACAGUGACGUACAGGGAUGGACGAGUGUCUCAGCUUGAGCAGGUCUACAUUAGAGGCAGCAAGAUCCACUUCCUUAUUCUGCCUGACAUGCUGAAGAAUGCGCCCAUGCUGAAAAGUAUGAAGAAUAAGAACCAGGCAUCUGGCGCAGGAAGGGGCAAAGCGGCCAUUCUCAAAGCACAAGUCGCAGCCAGAGGCCGGGGAAGAGGUGGAAUGGGAAGAGGGAAUAUUUUCCAGAAAAGACGAUAAUCAUCCUGUUUUUUUGCUUUUUACUGUACAGAGUAUUUUUUUGGUUGUUUCAUUGUCCUUUAAUUAUGUCACAAAUGAUUCGCUUGAUCAAUAAAGCAUUUGUUUUGUUUUUAUUA